AUGAGCUUAUCUCUGAGUCUGUGGAGGAGAAAGCAGGUGUGGAUACAAUGGAAUCAGUCCUUAGGGAUCUGGACGAUUGGAGUGAUGAUGAUGAGCAUGAGGAAGAAUCUGUGGAGAAGGUAUCAGAAAUCAAGGCUCGCUACUAUGAGGAGCUGGGCACUAGUGCGACAAAACCAGUAUCAUCUUUGACACAGUCCCCGGUGCUAGAACUUAAACCAUUGCCUAGCCAUUUAAAAUAUGCCUAUCUUGGAAUAGAUGAUACUUUGCCAAUAAUUAUCUCUUCUUCCUUGACAGGUGAUCAGGAGCAACAGCUCCUAAGCGUGCUGAGAGAGCACAAGGAGGCAAUAGGAUGGACUAUUGCAGAUAUCAAAGGGAUCAGCCCUUUGAUUUGCACUCACAGGAUAAUGUUGGAAGCUGAGUGCAAACCCAUAGUGCAACCACAGAGGCGACUUAACCCAACUCUCAAAGAGGUAGUGAAGAAAGAAGUGCUUAAACUGUUGGAUGCAGGUAUUAUCUAUCCUAUCUCAGAUAGUAAAUGGGUUAGUCCUGUUCAAGUAGUGCCCAAAAAGGGUGGUAUGACUGUGGUUAAAAAUGAGGUCAAUAAAUUAAUCCCGACUCGUACUGUGACUGGGUGGAGAGUUUGUAUAGAUUACAGGAAACUAAAUGAUGCUACCCGUAAAGACCAUUUCCCCCUCCCCUUCAUUGAUCAGAUGCUAGAAAAACUUGCAGGGCAUGAUUAUUAUUGUUUUCUAGAUGGUUAUUCUGGUUACAAUCAGAUUCAUAUAGCACCCGAGGACCAGGAGAAAACCACAUUUACUUGUCCUUAUGGCACUUUUGCCUUUAGGAGAAUGCCUUUCGGUCUCUGUAAUGCACCUGCCACUUUCCAGAGGUGCAUGAUGUCUAUAUUUUCUGACAUGUUAGAGAAUUUUAUUGAAAUAUUUAUGGAUGAUUUCUCUGUUUUUGGGAAGUCAUUUGAAUCUUGUCUGACAAAUUUAGGCUGUGUGCUUAAAAGAUGUAAGGAGACUAAUCUGCUUCUGAACUGGGAGAAAUGUCAUUUUAUGGUAAGAGAGGGUAUAGUCUUAGGUCACAAGGUGUCAAAGAAAGGGAUUGAAGUUGAUCGAGCAAAAGUGGAGAUAAUAGAGAAGUUGCCACCACCCACUUCAACAAAAGGAGUAAGGAGCUUCUUAGGACAUGCUGGCUUCUACAGGAGAUUUAUCAAGGACUUUUCUAAAAUCUCUAGACCUCUUUGUAAUUUACUUGAAAAAGAUUCUGCUUUUGUUUUUAAUGACAAUUGUUUGCAGGCAUUCAAUUUAUUGAAGGAGAAACUCACUUCUGCACCAGUGAUCGUUGCACCUAAUUGGGAGCUUCCGUUUGAGCUGAUGUGUGAUGCCAGCGACUAUGCUGUAGGAGCAGUACUUGGGCAAAGGAGAGGUAAGGUAUUUCAUGCAAUAUACUAUGCUAGUAGAACUUUAAAUGAGGCCCAAAAGAACUAUGCCACAACUGAAAAGGAGCUUUUAGCAGUCAUAUUUGCAUGUGACAAGUUUCGGCCUUAUCUGAUAGGUUCUAAGAUCAUAGUAUACACAGACCAUGCUGCCCUGAAAUAUUUGUUUGCCAAAGCUGAUGCUAAACCUAGGCUAAUUCGUUGGAUUCUACUGCUACAAGAAUUUGACCUGGAAAUUAGAGACACAAAGGGAACUGAAAAUGUAGUAGCUGAUCACUUAUCCCGUUUGGAAUCUGAUUGUUUAGAUUCACCCAUUAAUGAAAAGUUCCCUGAUGAACAAUUGCAUGUAGCAGAAAUCCAAGGAUUACCUUGGUAUGCUGAUAUAGUCAAUUACAUGGUUAGCAACAUCACACCAUAUGGUUUGUCAUCUCAACAGAAAAAGAAAUUUUUGCAUGAUGUGAAAUACUAUUUUUGGGAUGAACCAUAUCUGUUUAAAUAUUGUGCUGACCAAGUAAUUAGACGCUGUGUGCCUGAAACUGAGACUUGUGGACAGGUUGAGGUGUCCAAUAGGGAAAUAAAGCGUAUCUUAGAGAAAACAGUCAAUGCAUCUAGGAAAGAUUGGUCUUUAAAACUUGAUGAUGCAUUGUGGGCUUACAGGACAGCUUUCAAAACCCCCAUAGGAAUGUCCCCAUACAAGAUUGUUUAUGGUAAAUCAUGUCACCUACCAGUAGAGCUUGAGCACAAAGCAUAUUGGGCCAUAAAAUACCUUAACUUUGAUUUACAAGCUGCAGGUGAAAAGAGAUUGCUCCAAUUGAAUCAGAUGGCUGAGAUGAGAGAGGAAGCAUAUGAAAAUGCUAGGAUAUACAAGGAGCGAGCUAAGCGAUGGCAUGAUAGGAACAUCCUAAAGCGAGAGUUUUUGCCUGGUCAGAAAGUCCUAUUAUACAACUCUCGCUUGAAGUUGUUCCCAGGUAAGUUAAAAUCUCGAUGGUCUGGACCAUUUGUUAUUUCUAAUGUUUUUCCCUAUGGUGCAGUUGAGCUGAAGUCAGAAGAUGACCGCACUUUUAAAGUAAACGGUCAUCUUCUCAAGCAUUACUUUGAAGGGGAAAAUAUUGAUGGUGAUGCCACUACGGUGGAUCUAGCAAAUUCGGUUGAAGAAUUGGAAAAGUCGAACUAGCGACUAUAAACUAAGUGCUUCAUGGGAGGCAGCCCAU